AUGAGACCUUCCUCUUCUUCUUCCCUCCUCAGAAGAACUGAAUUGGAUAUGGAUAUGGUGGUGGCGGAAGAAGGUGGUGUAUGGGAUAGCUUAAGAACUGCUUUCCCAGAUGAUUCAAAUGGAAGCAGGAUCUUCUUGACAAGUCGACAUGGUGACGUGGCUUUGAAAAUUAAACCGGAUAGCCAACUUCACCAUCUCCGUCUGCUCAAUGAUGAUGAAAGUUGGGAACUACUGCAGAAGAGCACCUUUUUUGGAGAAGGCUGUCAUCCAGAACUACUCAAACACGGGUUGCCGAUAGCAAAAUAUUGCAAGCGAUUGCCGCUAAUGAUUUUGAUUGUUGGUGGACUUCUUCCAAAUAUAGAGCCGGAUACUUGGAAGGAAGUAGAGGAGAGUUUAGAGAAAGGUACUCUAUUUCUUAUAGAACAAUGCCGGAAGAGUUUAGAGUUGAGGAUUCCUCAGCAAACUGAAAGUGAGUGCUUAGCGGAUGUUGCGAGGAGUUACAUGAUGGAUCUAAUUCAAAGAAAUUUAGUUAUAGUUGGUCAGAAAGGAUCCAGAGCCAAGCAUAUUAUAUCCGUCUUCACUCCUGGCGAGGAGAAGAAUAUGCAGCGCACUCUGCUCAUAGAUGAUCACAGUAGAUGCAGGGCAGAGUACUGGUACAAUGUGUUCUACCGGUUUUGGCAGUCGAAACUUUUAAGAGUUUUGGACCUAAGAACAAUCACCGUAGGAGACUUCUUUCUCAUUGGAGUAGACUUGCUUCUUCACUUAAGGUACUUGGCUUUGAAGAUUCAAGCCGAAGGUGUAACCAUUCCGUCAUCAGUUGCUAAUCUUUCAAGUUUGGAGACUUUUAUUGUUGAUGCAAUACAUGCAAAUUUUUCGCCAUCCCCUAUCAGUACUAUAUGGACUAUGAAAAGAUUGAAGCAUCUGUGCUUGACUAGUUGCGCAUAUCAGAAGUCACAUGACGAGGACCCUGAUUACAGUUCCAAUUCGAAGAUUAAUUUAGAAAGUCUUUCAACCAUACAAUUUUCUUGUGUCCAGGAAAUGAAUGAGGUGCUGAGGAAGUUUCCCAAAAUGUGCAGACUGAACUGCAGUUUCCUCAAUGGAGACACAGAGGACUGCACGACUCUAGCGCUUGACGUUACGAGCCAACUCAAAUCACUCAGCAUCUUUUCAGGUUCCAAAGGAGGAAUUCAGAAUUUGAACUUUGAGUUUCCGCAGAAUCUAAGGAAGCUAACUCUGUCAGGCUUCCGACUUCCAUGGAGUAAGAUUUCUGCAAUUGAUGGAUUACCCCAUCUCGAGGUCCUCAAGUUACUAAAGCAGGCAUUUUCAGGGGAAGAAUGUGAAGCAAAGGAAGGUAAGUUCCGUACACUCAGAUACCUGAAAAUGUCAGACAUGGAUUUAGCCAGGUGGAUAGCUCCAGAGUAUGACAGUUUUCCUUGUCUUGAAAUUAUUAGUAAUGGUAAGAUGCCCGCGAUUGCAGGAAGUCCUGACCAGUUUAGCCAAUGUUUUAACUCUUCAAAUGAUCGGGGUAACUGGCUGCGAAUCUGCCGUUGGCGCGACAGAACAAAUUCGGGAAAUGCAGAUGGAUAUGGGAAAUGA